GACGUUUCUGGGUCUAAAUAAAAAUAUUUGAAAAUCGAAAUAAAUACAACUUUUCAAGAAAUUUGUACAAUUAGACCAAGAAAUUCCCAUUACAGCGUCUGGAAAAGUGGGAGAAAGAAUCCAGACAUGGGGAAGAAGAAAAUAACAGGAAUGGUAUAUACUAAUAAUGAGAGAAUUACCCACUUGGUAAUUCCAUUCAUUUAUUUACUAAUGUUAUCUGGGCUCAGUUCAGUUUCCUCAGCUUUUUCUCAGCCAAAUCUUCAGGGCACUGAUAAUCCUGGUUCAAGAACUCUUAAACAAGAAGACCCCCCUGUCCAUGAAGUUCAUUGUUCCAGAGAGAGAAGUCGUGCUGCAUGGAAUAUUAUUGACCAGUAUCUGAUGCCAUUUGUGGAAAAAGAAAAGUACCAGCUGUCAAGCCAGUGUAGACUUAAUGCAAGCAAUGACCUUUUCAGAGAUCAAGAGGAGCAUAAGAUACACUAUGAUGCAAAUGAAUGGCGUUGUGGGUACUGUAAGAAAAUCUUCCGAGCUGAAAAGUAUCUAGAUCAGCAUUUUGACAACAGGCACUCCAACCUUUUAAAUAGUAAUGGAAAGUGCUUGGCAGAUGUAUGUGGAGCAUUGCAUUGUGACCUCAUGAUGGACUCAAAACCCCGUAAAAGCAAAUGCAAUCCUGCAGCUGCUGCUAAGAAUCGUCAUUUGUGUGAGAGUCUUGCGGACAGUUGUUUUCCGGUAAAUCAGGGUCACUCAGCAACUCGUCUUCAUGAUUUAUUUUUGCGCCAGUUUUGUGAUGCUCACACCUGCUCUGGAGGAAAAAAGCCAUUUUCUAGAGGGGGCAGGAAGCACACAAACGUGUUUUAUUUAGCAAUUUCGAUCUUGACAAUGAUGCUGCUCCCUAUAUUCUACCUUAUUGUCUAUUUGUACCAAAGAGAAAUGCGAAAGGGCACCCAAGAACUUAAGCGCAUCUCAAAAAUUGGACGAAAAACAAAGCCGUCGUAAUGGUCAACCUCUUCCAUCGCUGGACAAAAAUGAAGCAUGGGGGAUCACCAGAACUUGCUAUCGAAUACAAUGCAAUUUCCCCUUCCGACAUGUUUCGAUUUGCCUGUAUGUUAGACUCUUGCCAGCAUAUCCAAUGAAAUCGAUUCCUGGAAACUGGCUCCAUUCUUUGUAUUGGUUUUUUCAUAAAGGCUCUCUCAACAGUUUUGCCAGUUAGUAUUGAACAUCAAGAUUUGUAAAAGAGGCCUCUUACAGAUAAAAUUGUAAUCCUUUCUGUUAGUUUGUUAAGCCUUUCAAAUGAUUUUUCUGUGUACUCUAACAGUAACAUUGAUGUAUUCUAAAAAUGGACUCUUAUAGUAACAUGGAGAUUUGUUUCACCA